GGAAUAUGAAUAGUGCUUUUCCUUUGCCCCAUUAAAAACAACGUAAUUUCUAAUACAAAUACCGAAGAAACAAUCGCACAUCACAUUCCACACACACUACUACCCUCUGUGUAUGGCUUCUGACGCUGCUGCGGAAAACAUGAACGAGGUGGGACCUGGAUACGUCUUCAAAGAAGAGAUCCAUCUCACCGUCCUCAAAACCUCUCUCUUCUUCGCCGGCGACGGCUUCACCGUCUACGACUGCAAGGGUCAACUCGUCUUCCGAGUUGACUCUUACGGACCCGACACUCGCGACAGAGACGAACUCGUUCUCAUGGAUCCUAACGGACGCUGCCUCCUCACUGUUCGUCGGAAGAGACCGAGUUUGCAUCAACGGUGGGAGGGCUUCAAAGGGGAGAGGAUGGACGGUGAUAAACCUAUCUUCAGCGUGAAGAGAGCGUCGAUCAUCGGAAGGUCGCGCGCGAGUUUGACGGUGGAGAUGUACGAUAACCCGGGUGAGGAGUACCAGAUCGAAGGGUGUUUCUCUCAGCGAUGCUGCACGGUGUUCAAUGUGACCAAGGAAUCUGUGGCUGAGAUUCGACGUAAGGUGGACCCCACCACCAGUGUUGUGCUUGGGAAGGAAGUGUUCUCUCUGUGUGUUAAGGCUGGGUUUGACGCGGCUUUUGCCAUGGGUUUUGUGCUGGUCCUGGAUCAGAUCAACGGUGAGGAUUACGCUGAUAGUGGUGCGACCGCGGAGCCUGCGGUGCACCCAACCACAGAUGAUUGAAAGGGAAUUGUAGAGUGCAGUUCCAGAUUUGAUCACACUGGCAUUGCGGAAAUCUGGUGCUUUGUUUAAUUCAACUCACUAAUCUUUGGGGUUUGGAAUGUCCCUCAAGAAGGGAACCUCUGCCCCUUCUUUUGUGGGUCAUGCCCUUGAAAGAAUAAAGUUUACAAUUCACAACGCGAUUAUGUAAAUUUUAUAUUGUAUUAUGCAUAAAACUAUAACUUCAGCUUUCCUAUUUGCAACCCAU